AUGGAGGAGCCAACACCCUUACCAGAGGAUCGGCAGGCUGAGCGGUCGAUGCCAUCGACUGGCGAGACGGACCGCGCUUUCAUCGAAAGGAUGUUCACGAAGUUCGACGACUCAUUCGUGGAGCUCAGGGCGGCGGGUUUGCGCGGUGACAUGGGCAAAGUGCACAAGCAGCUCAUCUCCCAUCAAGGCCAGAUUGACCAUGGCAGGAGGCACAUGGACAGCCUUGACAAGCAUGCUGAGAUGGGCAAGCGCUUUGCGGACAUCGAGGCGCAGACGGCGAUUCUGAAGGCGGAACAGUUGGCUGCGCAGAAGGAGAUUGAGACCCUGAAGAGAAACCCUGUACCAGGACCCGCUGUGGGAGGUGGGCCUCUUCCGCCUCGUGGGCCCCGCUGGGCUCAAACCCCACGUAACUUGCGGGACAUCUUCGUAAUGACGAACCUCCGCUGGAACGUUAGGGAUGUGGACUGCGAGAGGGCGGCCAGGGCUUUCUUGGCGGAGGUCGGAGCUGACCAGAACGACAUCAGCGAGUUGAAGGCCCCCUGCGAUUACGGCAGCCUGGUGGAGGUCAAAUCGAGGCUACUGCGAAUACAAAAGCUCGCGAUGAACGGCUUGUCAGGCCAGCUUAUCUGGAUGGGCACGAUCAGCACGAAGGAGGAACGUGCCCCAGCGAAGGCGUGGACAGGUUUGAAAGAGCAAGUACCAGACGUGGACAAGGCAGUGAAGGCCGACGCCACGGUCGCCUUCAGCGACCGCAGCCGCCAGGUCUACAUCGACCAUGCGAUGACCUUCAGGUUCUCGCUUGGGGAAGUGAAGUGGGCGGCCUGCGAGGAGGGCGGUCCAGUGCACUGGUGGCAGUGCUCUCUGAAAGAGGUGGUGGCGAAG